AUUUGAAAUCACGUCUUGAGCACGUUGAAAAAUUGUUGCUUAUAAAAAGAAGUGCGCGAUUUGCAUUUGCUUAUUAGUACCAAUUGUGAAAUAAACUAAUUAACGCAACCCAUAAACAAUCAACAUGACAAAAUAUAUUACAUUUGCAUUGGUGCUAUUCGCUUCCGUAGCUAUCGGCUAUUGUGUUCCUGUAGCUUUACCAUAUGGCAGUGGUGUUCCAGCUGUCCAACAAGUUAGCUUGCGUAGCUUAUCUGGCAUAGCUAAUAUUCACAAAUAUUUGGAUACUGCACCAGCUUCAUCUUCAUCUUCAGCCGCCUCAUCAGCAGCUGCACCAUCUGCCCAAGUUAUAGCUCAACCCGCCUAUGCUGCACCACAUGCACCAGCCUAUGCACCAGCACAAUCUGUUGUUUUACCAGCACCUUCACCAGUAUAUGGCGCUGCUCCAGGUUAUGCUGCAGCACCCAGAUACGGUCACCCAGCUCCCAGAUAUAAUGUAAUCCAACCAGCUGUUGCCACACAAUUGAACCCAGGUCAAUUGAACUACAAAGCCAUCCAAGGCGUACCACAAUACAAUACCGUUGCCUUACCUGUAGUUCCAUCUGAAGCCGUCGCUAAAUUGUAUGUACCCCGUCCAGCUCCAGCCCCAUAUAACAUUGGACCCGCUUAUUAAGUAUUAGUUGUGUAAAUAGUUUUAAGUGUGCUAAUAAUCUCAGCAAUGCAUCAUGACAUCCACAGUUUCAAUUUUUUCCAAGCGUAAAUUAAAUUCCAAAACCAUGACCAGUUAUUUUAAACCGAAAUUCAAAAUUUGACUGUUAUUUUUAUUUUUUUUUUGACUUAUUAGUUUUUAAUUAAUUGAAAUCUAAGAAAUUGAAUACACAAAUUUGGCUAAAACUUUUGUAUUAAAAAAAUAAAUAGAACUUUUUUUACGUUGAACAAAGAAAUUAAAAAGUUUUUUUUUAUUCCGAAUUUACAACAUUGCCAUUUGAAGUAAUGAGUCAGCUUUUCCGGCUCAACUUACAUUGACCUCAUAAAUGUGCA